AUGGACCCAUCCGUGAGACGGGAUCCGGAGCUGGAGGGUUCCGCAGAGAGCUCGCUACCGCAGCCUGCGCCUGCCGGGCCUCGUCCGCGUCUCCCUGCGCACCCCUCCGCGAGCGAGCCCGUGCACCACUUCGAGCGGGUUCAAACGCUUCCCCAUCGUCCUGCCGCGCGCCCCGCCUCGCCGGAGUAUUCGUGGGCGCCUGCUCGUGUUGCGUCGAACCGCCCGGACGGUCAGCCGCGGCAGGAGCGCGGGUGCUCGCCUCUGCGGCACCCUCAACAGCCGCCCUCUCCUCGCCGCCCUUCUCCUGAGCGCAGGCCAGCGCUCACCGCGAGCGCGAUCCCCCGCGCAACGUUCUCCUCGGCGAUCUCCGGCGACGCGGGGGAGGGGGUCGCCUGGUCGUCGCUGGGAUUCGGGUCGCCGCGAGCAGUCCCCCCCGCGUCCACAUUCGGCUGGUUCCGGGGGACGGCGGGGCUGGCGGAAGGGUGGAGGGCCCGGGCGAGUGGGGCGCCGACUCACGUCCAUAUUGAGGUGACCAACGGUCCCCCCUUCGCCGCGGACCCAGGCCAGGUCGCUCCUCUGCGUGCGCCGACGCUGCGCGAGUAUCAGCCCGCGCGUGAGGGGAGGGCUCAGUUCCGCACCCCCCGUCAGGUUCCCGGCUUCUCUGCGCCGCGCUUGGCUGUUGGCCGGACUCCUGGCUGGCCGGCGGCGUUUCCGCGCGAAGCGCAGACUGCACCUCUCCCCACUCGCGCGGGGAGAGACCCCAUGCUGACCAUGUGCCGGGUUCUGAAUCUGGCGGAGGCGUGCGAGGUGGUGGCGAACUUGCAGCUGGCGGUGUGUGGGGCCACGAGGAGCUUUCCGAGCAGUUUUGUUCCGCCUGACACCUCUCGUUUCCCCACUCCGUUCCAUCCCCCUCUGCUCAUCCCCCUCUGCUCUCCCCCUUCUGCUCCCCCCCCUCUGCUCCUCCCCCUCCUGCCUCGCUCACUCUCUCCUCGCAGUGAGUACACGCCGCAGGUCCCUCCAGGGCUGGUGACGUGUCCACCGAGUGAGAAGGUGCAGUGUGGAGCGAUGGAAGCCACGGGCAACAGCAUCAUCGUGCCGUACUGCACCAAGUGCUCCGACUUCUGCAUCUUCUGCUUCCUGCAGACUUCCCUUUCUUUCGUCAAACCCCACCUCACACCCCCCACCUCUCAUCCCUCCCCAACCCUCUCUCCCCUCCCAACACCUUCCUCCCCUCGGCUGUAA